UGUCUCCUGCUUCACCACUUUUUUUUAUUUUCUUCCUCUCCCCAUCAAUCCCAUCCAUUUGCAUCAUUUUCCCAUUUCGAUUCCCCCUCACAUCUUCCUCAAAAUGCCUUCCAAAGCUAAUGCGCCUGUCUACGUCCUCGGCGUGGGCAUGACCAAGUUCAUCAAGCCCCGCGGCACCGUCGACUACACCGAGCUCGGCUUCGAAGCCGGUGUCAAGGCCCUCCUUGACGCCCAGAUCAACUACGACGAUGUCGACCAGGGCGUCGCCUGCUACUGCUACGGCGAUUCCACCUGCGGCCAGCGCGUCUUCUACCAGUUCGGCAUGACCCAGAUCCCCCUCUACAACGUCAACAACAACUGCUCGACCGGCUCGACCGGCCUCGCCAUGGGCCGCACCUUCAUCGCCUCUGGCGCCGCUGACUGUGUCAUGGUUGUUGGUUUCGAGAAGAUGAUGCCCGGCUCUCUCCAGAGCUUCUUCAACGACCGCGAGAACCCCAUUGGCACGACCGUCACCAUGAUGGCCGAGACCAGAGGCUUCGAGGCUGCCCCUGGCGCCGCCCAGAUGUUUGGCAAUGCCGGCCGUGAAUACAUGGAGAAGUUUGGCGCUACCCUCGACGACUUUGCCGAGAUUGCCCGCGUCAACCACGCUCACUCCCCCAACAAUCCUUACUCCCAGUUCCAGCAGGUCUACACCCGCGAGCAAAUCUCUCAGUCGCCCAUGAUCUUUGAGCCUCUCACUAAGCUUCAGUGCUGCCCUACCUCCGACGGUGGUGCUGCCGCCAUUCUCGUCUCCCAGGCCUUCCUCGACGCCCGCCCUCACCUCAAGUCCCAGGCUGUUCUCAUUGCCGGACAGUGCAUCGCCACCGACUCUCCCAGUCUCUUCUCCCGCAGCUCCAUCGACCUCGUCGGCAAGGACAUGACCACCUUUGCCGUCAAGGAGGCCAUGGGCCAAGCCGGCAUCACUCCCAAGGAUGUCAAGAUUGUUGAGCUUCACGAUUGCUUCAGUGCCAACCAGAUGGUCGUCCUCGACUCUCUCGGUCUCUCGGAGCCCGGCAAGGCCCACGAGCUUGUCCGCAACGGCGACAUCACCUACGGUGGCAAGUACAUUGUCAACCCCUCGGGCGGCCUCAUCUCCAAGGGCCACCCUCUUGGUGCCACUGGUAUCGCCCAGUGCGCUGAGCUAGUCUGGCACCUCCGUGGCUGGGCCAACAACCGCAGUGCCCCCGGUACCAAGUACUGCCUGCAGCACAACCUUGGCCUCGGUGGCGCUGUCGUCGUCACCGUUUACUCGCGUGCUGAUGGCCAGGAGGCCAAGGACGUCUCCAACGAAGAGGUUGGCCGCCAGAACAAGCUUGGUUACAACCCUGCCGUUGUUGCCAAGGGCUUCACUGCCGAGCAGGCUAUUGCUGCCCGAAGCAAGAAGUCACCCAGCGAAUGGGCUCUUCAGGAUACCCAGGAGAAGGUCCAGUCUCGUUUCUAAGAAGCGCCGGACGCUUGCCACAAUACAAAAUGACUCUUCUUUGAAUAAUGAAAACAAAACGACAACCCAGUUCAUAAUGGUCACAUAAUGUGCUCUUUGGGACUUGGCUUGUCAAUGUAUAUGACAUUUUUCUCUAUUUCUUUUUACAUCAUGUAGUCCUAGCAAAUUCAAUUUGAUUCAAUAUCUUCCCAAUGAUUUCUCUUCUCUCUUCUCUUGCC